AUUCCGAGUAUCGCGCUCGCCCCAACGCUGCCCGUUGAGCCGUAAAGAGUCAUUUAGGGGGAAUCAGUCUCUCUUUUUUCGAGCAGCUGCAAAUAUCACUUCCUUCAUCGGAACUGUGCAGAUUUAACAAACAUUGUGCGGCCUGGAAACGCGCAGUGUCGCCUGGAUUUGAGUCUGCCAGAUUUGCCGAAAACAAAGUUUACAAUGGCAGAGUUUCGUGUUCUAAGAUUCACGAAUCUGCUCGUGAUUGUUUGGACGUUGUGCGUUUUUCUGCCCGAGUCAGCGAUGUGCGAUCCGGAGGCCACAGCCAAGCCACGGUUGGACGUCAUCGCCGAAGUGCGUAAAGUGGUGGGAAAGUUGCUCGACGACCCGUCGGGCUCCUUCACUCGAAAGGUGCUUCAAGCCGAUCUGUCGACAACGUGUAGUUUCGGCCUUAUCAAGCUUCUGCGUGCGGUCAAGAGAGUGGAUUCCUGGGCCUUUAGACUGAUCGAUGCAAGUGGCAAGUACCCAACGGGCAUGCUGCAGGGAACACAGGCAGAUCCUGGAGCCUUUGACGAAUGCAUCGAGACCGUGGUGUAUGACACCUACGGCCAGGAGACCGCCAGGGGACAGUAUUGCAACCUAUACAUCAAGCCAUCAGCAGACGAAGCUUUCAUCAAAUACAUGAAGCCGGUCGUGGACAUGUCACAUAAGAGGGUGGUGGAGUACGUAUUGAACAGCAUAAAUGACACCCGCAUUCAGGGUUUCCGACUCGGCAUCUGCUUUAUAGCAGAGUGCAGCCAAGCCGACAUUCAGUCUCUCCUUGAUUCGGUGGCUGGCGGAGUAAUCGACCUCCAGGUCAAGGAUUGCGUCACCAACGAGUACCCACCCAUCAGCAAGACACAAAUCGGAAUAAUAGCUUUCCUAGGAAGCGUGCUCUUACUACUGUGUGUAAGCAGCGGAAUCGACAUCUACUUAAAGAGGCGAAGUGUGGGGAAGAGCCAGCAACGAGGCGCCUUGAUGACAGCUCUAACCGUAUAUUCCGUGCCGGCGAACACAAGUCUCAUGAUGGCCGUCUCUCAUGACCGGACAUCGGAGGCCUAUGCGUACAGAUUUCUUCAUGGAAUCCGAUUUAUCGCCAUGUUCUCAGUGGUGCUGGGUCAUUCCUACAGCGCUUUCGAUUUCCUCAACAUCUCUCGUCUUGUAAAUGCUUUACACAUGGGUGACACACUUGGUGGCUGCGUGAUUAUGUUCGGUUACCUUGGGGUGGACGCCUUCUUCUUUGUGAGCGGUUUCUUGCUUACGUACAACAUCAGGAGACAAAAAGGAUCUCGCCUGUACAUUGGUGUUCUCGCAAUCUUUCGGCGCUUCCUCAGAGCCAACGUCGUCGUCUUUUUUGUUUUGAUGUGCUACCACCUCGUGCCUCUCAUUGCAUCGGGUCCCAACUUGAAGCCCAUCAUGGAAAAAUUCUACUACGAGUUUUCGAACCAGUGGUGGCGGCUUCUUAUCCAGAUUCGUAAUUUUAGCAAGGAACAAGAAAUAGGUUGUUUCGGUCACCUGUGGUACCUUUCCUGUGAGUUCCAACUCUUCCUUAUAUCUCUGAUUGUUCUUCUAGUCCUAAAAAGGUCCACCAGGCUGACCAUAGCGGCUUUUGUGGCACUGUCGAUAGGCGGGUCUACCGUGAAUGCGUGGCAGGUGUAUAAUACACAUUACGGUGCUUUUCUGACACCUCUCAGCACGAGCUUUGGGACCUUCAUCGACACCUUGAACGAUGUUUAUCCACUUCCAUCGUAUCAUGGUGUUUGUUAUUUCACUGGAUGUAUAACCGUAUUUCUGGUUGAACGCUUUCAACACUCCAAGUUGUCCAAGUUAGUGCAGCUUUCCCUAUGGUGCUUAGCAGCAACCUGCUGCCUGUCAUCUCUGUUUAUGAAGUACGACUGGAACCGUGGCACAAACCCAACGCAGCAGUGGAUCAAGAUCCCGCUCUGCUACACAGACAGGUUUAUGUGGUCAUUUUGCCUGAUGUGGUCGGUGUUCGCUAUCGCCACUGGAAGAGGUGGCUUCUUUGGUAGAUUUCUUUCUUGGCAAGCAUUCAUCCCAAUCAGUCGGCUAUCAUUCGGAAUUUACGUGAUUCACGUUCCUUUCUACUUCACAAUGUUUAACAUUGCAAGAGAGCGGAUAUUCUACUCUCAUUUUACAUUGAUAAUGCAAUGUUUUUCGGUGUUUGUGGCCAGCACCAUCCUUAGCUACGUCACAUUUGUUUCCUGCGAGGUGCCUGUGGGCCGACUGGAAAAACUGGUGCUCGGACGAUUCGGCGGCAAGUCAGCCCCCAAUCAAGUCAAGUCUCAAAACGGUAGACUGCACACCGUUGAAAGUCUCAAGUCAAGCUCUCCGUACCCUGGAAACAUUAAAGACGGGAAAGAAGAGAACAAUAAUGCCGAGGAGAAGAAAGAAAUCAGUCGGUUAUAACACAUUUCCCAAACUGCCUUUACCAUGAGUUUAUUUUUCGUUACUGUUCCUGUUGUUUUCUUGGUAGUGAAUGUGUCAGUUGUAUUCGAGGCUAAAAUAAAAUAUCAUUUGAGUGUAUAA